UUAUUUAGAUUGAAUUUAGACGGAGCUCUCAAGUUUGCUUUUGCUUCAGCUGUAACAAAAAGAUCACGAUCGCAACUUGUGUGUGUGUGAGAGAGAGAUUCAGAUAUGGCUUGGUUAGCUAGAUCCAUUGCGAACUCACUCAAGCUCGAUGAGGAAGAUGAAGAUGAUGAUCAAAAGCAUGCGAAUCAACCGCCGUCGGAAUCUGUAUCGGAUUCACAGUCUCCACGAGGCGUUAAGGAAGACAUUAGCGAACUUACCAAGACCUUGAGAAGCCAAUUUUGGGGCGUAGCUUCGUUCCUCUCGCAACCUUCUUCAUCUCCGGAUCUUCAGGAGAGAAAUCAGACUCCCGAUCAUGCGGAGGAAGACGAGGAUCUGAUUGCUGGGAUUAGGAACGACUUCGCGGAGAUUGGUGGGAGAUUCAGGACUGGGAUUUCGAAGCUAUCUGGGAACUUACCAGUGUCUGAGUUCACAAAGAUCGCUUCGAAUUUCUUACAAUUGAAUUCAGAAGAUGUGGAUUACGACGUAAUCGGAGUUACAGAGGAAUUAGUUGUGUUUGUGAAGGAUCUUGCGAUGCAUCCUGAGACUUGGUUGGAUUUUCCUUUACCUGGUGACGACGACGAUAGCUUUGAUGACUUUGAAAUGGCUGAUGCUCAGUACGAGCAUGCUUUGGCUGUGGAAAGGCUAGCACCGAGCUUGGCUUCUUUGAGGAUUGAGCUUUGCCCUGAAUAUAUGACUGAGAAUUGCUUCUGGAGGAUUUACUUUGUUCUUGUGCAUUCUAAACUCAGUAAAGAUGAUGCCUUGCUUCUCUCCACUCCUCAUGUACUCGAGGCAAGAGCAAUGUUAUCUCAAGAACUGCAGAAAAGAAACAAGUUACCUGUAGAAGAAGGGAAUGCUGUCAUUGUGGAACCUCUUACUGUGCCUCCUUAUGAACCUUCACCGGAAUCAGGAACUGUCAAAACCGUAAAUCCAGUCGAGUCGUCUGACGUUGAAACAGACAAGCACCCAAUUGAGAGCAAAGAGAUACAAAUUGUUGACAAAUCUGUCAUUGAAGAAAGAAGCACCUCAACUGCUUCUUCAUCUAGAUUUAUCAAUGUGCAAGUGGAUGACGAAGAAGAAGACGAUGCAGAUGAUUGGUUGAAUGAUGAAGAGACUUCAUCUGUUAGCGUCUUUGAGGGAAGAUCAACCUCAAAUCAUCAUCCUCUUGGUGAAGACGAAGAAGAUGUAUCAUUCAGUGAUCUAGAAGAAGACGAAAAUGGCGAAGCAGACGUCAAAGUGAGUUACAAGAACAUUACUAACUCUGGUUCUGAUUCUUCAGACAAAAAUUCACCAGAUUGGGUUCAGCUAAAAGAGGUAAAAGAGAAGAAAAAAUCAAACGACUGGCUUGAUGUUGAUGCAGUGUGAGGGACCUCCAAUGUUUCUUUUGGUAAUAUCUUAUGCUUCCGUUAAAAAUUUGCUGUGAAUAGUUUUGUAUACCAUUUCAUCAAAACCAAUAUAUCUGAAGGCCCUAGUAAAAAACUGCAAUGUUUGUAUAUAAGUCGAAGUUUAUUCGCAAAAA